AUGUUGAGGAAAAAUUUGGGAAGACAAGACGCAGAAACGGAAGUUUUCCUAGACAAAAUCAUUGAAAAGGAAGGAGGUUGUAACGACAACGUUCUGUUAAUAAUCCUAUCAGAAAUAAAUGAUGACGAGGAAAAGGCGCAAAGGUUAGUCACUUAUUCGCUUCUUCAUCGAAGUGCUAAUCCGUCUGCCAUAGGUGAAGAAGGGGUUACGCCUUUACAUCUUGCAGUGAAAAACAAUUUUAAAAGUGUUUGCACCAAACUGUUGGAUCACGGCGCGAAGGUUGACGCAGAAAACAAAAAUAUGCCAUAUACACUUGCCCUCGAGAACAGAAAUGACGACAUUGCUGCAAUGUUAAUUAGAAAAAUGAAGAAAGAAACGGUUCGCAACCUGUAUAGCCGCGUUAAAAAGAAUGAAAAUCCAAAAUUCAGCUUUCAUGACUUGCUGGAGAAAGAAGAGAUGUCUGAAACUGUAUUAGCUGUGUUGGAUUGUAUGAAAGAACCGAUAGGGGAGGGAGAAAAAGUCCGCGUCUAUUACAACGUGUUAGAAGCAGACAGGGAAGGACAUGUUCCAUCCGACGGCGAAAACAUUGAUUCUGAAUCCAAAACCGGCUUUCAAUUCAUAGCGCAAAAAGGCGAUAAGACCAUUGUAAAUCAUGACGUUGUUCGACUGCUCAUCAUGAGAAAAUGGGAAAAAUAUGCCAGAAGUCGAUUCCUAUUCAAAGCUCUGCUUAACCUAAUCACUCUCGUGACAAUAACGUUUUCUGCUAUUGUGGCAAGCACGGCCCAGGAUCCCACUUUGUAUAAUAAUUCUGCACUUCAAAUCGCACGUGCAGUUUUUGAGAUGUGGUCGCUUGGAAUGACAUUUUACAAGCUGUUACAUGAAAUACAACAGUUACGCAAACUUCGACUGCAGUAUUUCAAGUAUGCCUCUAAUUGGGUAGACACAACAUCCUGUUUACUAAUUCUUUUGUUGCCGCCAUUACGGUUCACUCACAAGAAUGAACAGUGGUUCGUUUUCUCAGCUGCUUACUUGUUUUGGACAGCACGAAUGUUUCAAUACGCAACAGUCUUUAGAAAAUCUGGAGCGUACGUCCUGAUUUUAAGGCGGAUUAUUAAACAUGAUAUUUUGCAAUUCACAAUUUUCUUCGCGUUCAUUCUCCUGGCCUUCAGUGGUUGUCUUCUACUGUCUCUACGUGGAGAAGGAUCGUUAGAGAAAUUCUCCGAAAGCAGUACGUAUUGGUCUAUUCUUUUUGUUGGAAUUAGAAUUCUUAUAGAGGCUAAAAGAAUUCUAGAAUACACCGAAUUCCAAACGAUAAGUGUGAUAAUAAUGGUGGGAUUUCUGUUUACAAUUUGCAUUGUUCUUUUAAACAUACUAAUUGCUCAAGUAAGCGAUACCUUUCAAGAUGUUCAGCAAGAUGCACAACGGGAAUAUGAGGUCACGCGAGCCUCAAUCGUGACAAGGAUGGAACAAAACAGUCUAUGUUUUUGCAAGGUGAUCUUUUCUUUGUAA